GCUCCGAGGCUCGGGCUCCGACAAGCACCUUCCCACCAGCCUUCCAGCUGCUCCUUUCCGAAAGUCCCUUCCCUGCAGGGCCUGGGCGGCCUGGGACCAGGUUCAGAACAUGGAGCCCUUCCUCAGGAAGCGGCUGGCCUUCCUGUCCUCCUUCUGGAACAAGAUCUGGCCAGCAGGUGCCCAGGACCACAGCAUCCCCUGCUCUCCCGACCCCGGCGCCGACCCGAGCCGGACCCCCCGCCGCUGCCGCGGGCAGCUCUUCAGGGCGCUGUGCGACUCCCGGCGCGGUGCCCUGCCCUUGCCCCGGCUUCAGCAGCACCACCUGCACAGCUCUGUCACCCGGUCCCCGCUCUGGGGGCACCCCGACCUUGUGCUUACUCGCUCUGAGUCAGACUUUGAGUCCCCAGCUGGUACUUCAAUGGCAUCAGCCGCACCCUCUCCAGCAGCCGACAUGAAACUCGCUGACCUUGCCAAGGAGAUCCAGACGCUCAAGAGCCUGCGGCUCGAGCGGCUCAUCCCGCUGCACGCCGUGUGCUCCGCCGGCGGGCUGUACAUCGUCACCGAGCUCACUCGCAAGGGCAACCUGCAGGCCUUCCCGGGCAGCCCCGAAGGCCGCGCCCUGAGCCCGGCAGUGCUGCUGGGCUUCGCCUGCCAGGUGGCAGAGGGCAUGUGCCACCUGGAGGAGCGGCACAUCGGGCACUGAGACCUGGCCGCCAGGAACGUGCUCGUGGACGACGGCCUGGCCCGGCUGCUCACGGAUGACGUCUACUCCCGGAGCAGCAGCUCCAAGAUCCCCGUCCAGUGGACAGCGCCCGAGGCCGCCCGCUUCCGCGUGUGCUCUCCGAAGUCGGACGUCUGGUCCUUCGGCGUGCUGCUCUACGAGGCGUUCUCCUACAGCCAGGGUCCCUAUGAAGGAAUGAGCAACCACGAGACACUGCAGCAAGCGAGAGGGUGCCGGCUCCCACGCCCGGCCGCCUGCCCCGCCGAGGCCUACGCGCUCAUGCUGGCGUGCUGGACACAGCCGGAGGAGCGGCCGGCCUUCGCUGUGCUGCAGGCCACGCUGGGCACCAUUCACGGGCGCCUCCCUCCCACCCUCCCGUGACGCGGGCGCCGCCGGGCUGGCUGCUUCCUCGGCCUCCCUCAGGA